AUGCUUGAAAGGAAUAAAUUGGCUUAUAAAUUGGCACAAAAGCAUCUUUUUAGCGAUGAAAGAGCAACUUCUGGGAGCAGAGCAAGUGAUAGGCCAAGUUUUGCUGAUGGUGACAGUGAAAAUAGUUUGCAGUCUUUGGCUAAUGAAUUGAUGUUUUAUCGUGCACCUCAUGCUCCUAUUCAUUUUGCUGCUAAAGGACGCAUUGUUUUUGUCAACCCAGAAAUUGGAAUUAGUAUCGUGUGCAUUGAAAACACCAAAAAAUUUUACAAGGACUCCGAGGGGCGACGUUUUGUUGAGACGUUUGAGAACUUUAAAGGUCCUUUAUUAAUUGACUAUACUCCACCACAAACUCCACUUUUAUUUAUACAACGCCAAAUUGAGAGGAUUUACUCCUCUGAUGUUUACCGAGCAAAUCCAAAAUCUGGCGAUGCAAAUGAUUGUGUUCUUAUUUGGGCUUUAUUAGAAAUGCUUGUUAGGCAGCAAGGGGUUUGUUUUCGAUUUUUGUUUUUGGUUAAUAUUUUUUAA